AUGGCAUCCAGAAGCGCUAAAGAAAGCGUGAUCAACAAACUAGGUGUGAAGCUGGGCGGUGCUCACAAAAACGAUGAAAUCAGCGAACUCAGAAAGGAAAACGAUUGCCUUAAAAAGGCGCUUCAUGAGAUGUCACGUCUAACAGGAGAGCCGACAGAUUCCGAAAGUAACAAAUUGUUGGAGAGAAUCCUUGCUCUUGAAACAUUACGAGAGAAGAACUCCCAACAGAUUCUUGCCAAGGAUCAGGAAAUAGCAGCCCUGAGGAAGGAACGUCGACUGGGCAGUGAUGGAAUUUUGGUCGGCUUGCGUGAUCAGUUGAGCCAGGAGGUCCAUGAGGCUGAGAUGAAAGAGAAAUUGUUUCAGUCACUAAAACAGGAGACAGAAGAUGUAAAGAAUAAGUUAGUAGCAGUGUCUGCUAAGUGUCAAGAACUAGAAAACAGAGAUAACACUCAGGUUUCCGUCAGUGAGGUUGAUAUAAUCCAGGAGCACCUGAGAGACGCUCUGGAGAAGAACAGGCAGUGGCUGGUGUAUGACCAGCAGAGAGAGGCCUAUGUCAGCGCAGUGUUGACCAGAACCUUCCAGCUGGAACAACAACUGAAACAGGCCAGUGAAUCCCUCGCGCGCCAGCACAGAGAUGCCAGCUCAGAAGGUGAUGUGUCUGUGUCCUGUCAAACGAAUCACAAAGAGACACUUUAUGCCAUGACCUUUGACCUGGAGCGGAGAGCGACGGAGGUGCGGCAGCGGUACGAGGGACUCCUGCAGGAGGUGCAGGGGGAGCUGCAGACGGAGCGGGAGAGGACGACAAAGACGCAGAGGCAGAUCACUCAGCUCCAUCAGCAGUAUGAGGACAGGGAGAGAGAGCUCAGGGAGGCCCGGCAGCGGCUGCAGGAGGAGCACCUCAGCAACCAGAAAGCCACGGAGGAGCAGAGGAGACGCUCCAGGGACAGGGUGUCUCGAAUGCAGGUGGAAGUGGAAAACAUCCACAGCAAGCUAGAGGAGGAGAGGCAGAGAUCUGCAGAGCUCCUGCAGCAGGUGAACCUGCUGCAGAAAUCACUGUUAAAUCAGCAGGAGGAUCAGAGGAGGAUCUUGGUGUUGGAAGAGCAGAUUCAGCAGUCUGCUAAAGAUCUAGAAGAUGAAAAGCGUGAUAACCAACACUUGAGACGUCAGCUGCACAAAGUUUUGAGGGAACUGCGUAAAGCAAAGGAUUAUAUAGUGAAUCUGGAAUUAGAGUGUCAGAAGGCCCAGAGAGAGGCGGACACAUGUGAGCAGAGUGCUUACCUCAGCGUGGAUAAAGCCGACACACCCAGUGAGAAAGGCCUCUCCUCCCCCACCAAGGCACCUUGCCUCCUGGACGAGAGUUUUCUCGAGUGCCCCAACUGCAGGGUUCAGUAUCCAACCAGUCGCCACAGAGAACUGCUCCUCCACGUCGACCAGUGUUUCGGCUGA